GCUGCCUGUGCCUAAGGAGAGUAAAAGUUCUAACAAAGGCUCUCACGCUGCAUUUUUCUCCGCAAAACCGUGAAAGAAAUCAAGCUGCAAAAUGACAGAAAAGCAUAUUUACACAACCAUAUUGGCUCAAACAUUUUCGCCAUGCGGAAAUUUCCUGUUAGCGGCCAAUACCUACGGAGAGAUUGCAGUUUUCAACAUCCCGAAGAUCACUGCCCCAGCAGAAUUGCCCACGGAUCGCAACCAUCGAACGCCUACCUUUCGUUUCUGCCCCUGUCCUGACAACCAAAUCAGCAGUUUAGCGACCACAGAUGAUUUUCUCAUCAUUGGAACUGUUGGAGAAAUACUUGGGUAUGAUUGGGACUCUAUCCUGAAGCAGAAGAAGCCCGAUAUGGCGUGGUCCAUUCCUAUUCCUCCGUUGAAAGACAAUGUUGACAGACCUGACGUGAAUAGUUUGAGUCUGAAAGAAAAUCAAGAAACAGUUUAUGUUGGCUGUGGAGAUAACAAUGUCUACACAAUUGAUCUUGGAGAGGGAAAAUUAGUUCAAACCUUUGAGGGCCACGACGAUUACGUCCACAGCGUUUCCAAUUUCGGCGGCAAAAUCUUGUCAGCCAGCGAGGAUGGUUCUGCGAGAAUUUGGGACCCAAGGCGGAAAAAGGAAGUUCACACUGUUGUACCAUACAAGCGCGAUUCUCUAGCUCGACCUACUCUCGGGAAAUGGCUCGGAGCUGCCUCGUUCAACGACGAUUGGCUGGUGUGUGGGGGAGGCCCCUUCCUCUCUUUGUGGCAUCUGAGGUCAAUGACCCUCGCCGAGACCUUCACCUGCAUGGACGACCAAGGCAUUUACGUGGCCGACUUGCACGGAGACAGAAUUUUUGCCGGCGGUGCUUCCCAUCACCUGACCCACCUGAGCCUCACCGGUGGCGUCCUGGCCGAGGUUCCCCUCUCGGCCACGUGCUUGUACUCUCUCGCGUACCAAGAGUCUCCGCAAAAAGUGAUGUGCAUGGCAGGUUCGAGCCACAAGAUCGACUUUUGUACAAACUUCAACUACCGAGAUCAAGUGCUGUCUUUCAAUUGUGGCAAGUGAGCCUCAAACACCAAAUUAAAGCUAGGCUUCCACCACAGCUCUGUCGAAAAUGUAGCUUUUGUGCAGAAAAAGCGCUAUUAAACAGAUUUUGCUGCAAAAAUCCGAAAAAAACAUGUACCACAACUUUUGGUAUUAACACUAAUCCAAGUGAAUUAUUUUUCCAAGCCCCUUAAAUUAUGCAUAGCGAUUUAAAUAAAUUCUGGGUGC